CGGGACCAGGACUAGGACCAGGACUAGGAUCAGGACCAGGAGCUUCACACUCAUCUUCACACGACGUGUGACUCCUGUGACAGUGUAGAUAUGUUUGAUAACACUCAUUAUCCCUUCAACUGCUUCAACUACGAUGGAGACGGAUAUCCUUCGUCCAGCACCGACGAAGAGAAGAAAAUGUGCAGACCUGCGUACAGCUACAUCGCUCUGAUCGCCAUGGCGAUCCAGCAGAGCCCGGAGCAGCGGGUCACUCUGUCGGGCAUCUACGAGUUCAUCAUGAAGAGAUUUCCUUACUAUCGCUCCAACCAGAGAGCGUGGCAGAACUCCAUCAGACAUAACCUGUCACUGAACAGCUGCUUCAUCAAAGUUCCUCGGACUGAGGGCAAUGAAAAGGGAAAAGGAAACUUUUGGACUUUUGCCACCGGCUGUGAAUCCAUGCUCGACCUGUUUGAAAACGGCAACUUCCGCCGCCGCCGCCGCAGGAGGAACAUGAAAAUCGGCCUCCGUGACCCUGGAGAAACGCCCUUCCACCCUCUGGAGAGCCACACCAAUCGGCACGCACCUGCCGCCCGCAACGCUGCAGAACCUGACUCCGCCCUCUGCCCUCUUAACCCAGAAAGGCCAAGGCCGGGUCCACAACAGAACCACCUCAACCCGAACCCCGGGCAGCAGGGGAAACCGGAAUCGGAGAUCAAGUUUAGCAUUGACUACAUCCUCUCCACUCCAGAUCCGCCCCUGUCUGGGUUCAGAUCGUCCCACGCUCCGGUGCACGUGGGACCUACAGCGCCACCUAUACACGUCCUGGAGUCCCCGCACCUGAACCUGCACUUCUGGACUCUGUGAGGAAAGGCGAGUCCAAAACUGUCCAAAAACCGGGGAGAGGAUGUCCAAAGACAAAAAUAAAGAGGGAUUUUCCUGACUUUAAAAUAUCAACGAAGAACAAACUAGAGUAUUGUGACUGACUGAUGCGAGGUGCAGCUCACAGUCGAGUCUAGUCUUCAUGUUGUCAUUCUGCUGUGUGUGUGCAGUGUCUGCAGUGCUGACAUAGACUAGACCUUAACUCUAAAUAUGUGACAACAAACGCGAGCUAUUUAAAGUGGUUUGAAAUGUAAAAAAACUAACUCCGUUUGUCGGGUUUUAUUGCAUCAAUCUUCAGAUCUCAUGAAUUUCACGUAGCGUUUUCUUCAUAAAGGAAGAACCUGCACUCAUGUUUGUGCCCAUUCUUUUAUUUUUAUCGUAUUUUCAUCCCUUAUUUAACAUAAUUUAUGUCAGUGUUUGCUGACAUAACUCUGACCAGUGUUAGCGUAUUAACACCAAAAAACACUUUUUUGUUUUUCUUCUUUAAAACAAUGUAAUGCACCAACUAGUGGUGAACAUUUGGUACUGCAAGUGGGCAGGAAAAGAAAAGCUUUAUAUUAUAUGGUCUAUUAGAAGGUCUACAGGAAGA